AUGCCCAAAACCAUCAUCCACUCGGUCAAGUUGUUCGAUGGCGAGGAGAUCCAUGAGAACGCCACCGUCGUCUUCGACCAGGUCAGUGGAACCAUCGACUCUGUGUCGACCACUUCGGGGCCCCCUCAGGCAACAGGUGACGCUGAGGUGAUUGAUGGCACAGGCAAGACGCUCCUGCCCGGCCUCAUCGAGGGCCACAUGCACUGCUGGGAUAUCCACAUGCCUGAGGGUGUCGGCAACUCGGACGUGUUGCGCAUGACGAUGAGAGCGGGCGUCACGACGGUGUGCGAUUUCCACAGCGACCCGUACUGCGUGAACAACCUCCGAGACCUCAUUGAGAAGGAAACAACCAAGGCAAAGUCAAAGGGCAAGGACGGCCGUGUCCACAUGGCCGACCUGAAGACAGCUCUAUUGGCGGCGACCAUCCAGGGCGGUUGGCCGAAGCCGGUCGUGCUGUCGCACCACCACACCGACCCCGCAAGACUCGAAGCCCGCGUGGCCAAAUGGCCGAAUCUGACUGUGGAAACGGUGCCGGAGUAUAUCAAAGACCACAAAGCGAAUGGGGCCAACUACAUCAAGCUGAUGCAGGAGAACUGCUGCUCGCUGAAAUUCGAAACCAACUCGGUGCCGGUGGCAAGUUUGGAACUGCAAAAGGCCGUCGUCGACUGCGCGCACGAGCACGGGCUGCCGGCCGUCGGGCACGCGCUGAGCGUGGACAUGACCGAGGUAUUGCUCAAGGCCGGGGUGGACGGGCUGGCACACAUGAUCAUCGACCAGGCGCCGACGGAGAACCUGAUGCAGCUGUACAAGCAGAGCGGGGCGUUCCUGAUCCCGACCUUUUGCGCCCUGAGCGCACUCACCACGGAGCUGCAGGACUACCGCGAGCGGUUCGCUGCCAUCUACGACCGGCUGGACAUGUUCGACGACGUGGUCAUCAACCGCAACACCCUGCUGGGUGUCAUGCACAUCGCGUCGCAGCAGAACCCCAAGGCCUCGAUCGAGUACGGCGUCGAGAACGUCAAGCAACUCAUGGCCCAGGGCGGCGAUAUCGUUGCGGGCACCGACAACAUCGGCGGCGUCCCCGGCGCCGCCUUGGGCCCCGGCCUAUGGAUGGAACUCACCAUCUACAUCGAGCGCUGCGGCAUGACCACGAAACAGGCCUUGGCCAGCUGCACGUCGACCACGGCGCGCAGAUUCGGCUUCCACGACCGUGGCCGCGUCGCUCACGGUCUGCGCGCCGAUCUGCUUCUCGUCAACGGCGACUUGUUCGCUGGUAAAGGUGUCGAGGCUCUCUGGGAGGAGGAUCAAGGCAUCGCUGCUGUCUGGAGAGAAGGCAUUAGAGGUCCCCAUUAG